UGCGAGGGUGACUUUGGCGGAGCCCUUGAUUCGUUCUAACGAUUUUCUUUGACACAAACCUCGCACUGCCAUUGCUUCCAUGAAAAGAUCUUAGCCGCAAUCUCCAACGUUCCCUUGGGACCAACUCCGUAUGCGGUAAACUCCGACAUGAUCUGCGUGACGCACUCUUUGCUCUGGCGAAAUACUAUGUACACGGUACUUCCUGAAGCGAUCCGGUAUCGUCACAUUAACUUCAGGCGAAUUCCAAGUAUACUCUGGCGAGUAAGUUCCGUGCCUUCAGCUAGCAACCGAACGCUCCGCCAGUUAGCAUAAUCGACGGAGGCAUCUGUGUGAUCUGUCAUCUAGGCGGUUACAUGAACAACUUAAAACACAACACUGAGAACAAACCGCGUCAAUGUCGUGGUAUCAACUUCAACCAGCGACACGCUUCGAUUCUAUGACCGGUGAUGUGAUGUGAUAUUUACCCGCGCUUUAUUGAUUGAUACCCCACUACCGGAUGAACAUAUAAAUGUGGCAAACGGGUGCUGAGCGUUCUUGUUUGUCUGAGAUUCAAUCGUGACCAGGGGAUACAAAAAUGAGUGCACCUCUGCCGGGAGAAAAGAAUAAAGUUGACAGUGGUAACGUGACUACACUGGGUCGGCGCCUAUUUCAUUGGGGGCCACUGGUGGCUUUGGGGAUUAUCAAGUUUGUUUUUUUUACGUGUAUCUACCUCACGUCGUGGUGGUUUCCUCCAUAUGAAUCUAUUGGGGGCACCGUCAAUCAUGUCAUGUAUAUGAUAGCUGUCGGGCUUAUUCUGUAUAAUUUCCUUUGCUCAGUUGGUACCGGCGGCGGGUUCGUGCCUAAGGGAUGGAAGCCGAAAGAUCGAAAGGCGGAGAAGUUUUUACAAUACUGCGGUUUGUGCGAAGGCUUUAAGCCUCCUCGAGCCCAUCACUGCCGUCGUUGUGGGCAUUGUGUUAUGAAAAUGGAUCAUCAUUGCCCAUGGAUAAAUGCCUGUGUGGGGCAUCGUAAUCACCGGAAUUUUAUCUUUUUUCUGUUAUUCUGCGUCACCGGUUCGAUCCACUCGAUCGUGUUGCUUUCUCUUGGCCUACAAAGGGCUUAUAAUGUGAAAUGGUACGCAGAUAUGGAAGAACGAUACGAAUUUGAACUUCGAAUUCGUGGUCGCGAAUAUCCGCCACUAGGUUUUCAGCCUUCACCUUUGGUUCAUCUGCCAUUUGCAUGGAUGCUAGCAACCGUGCUUAGCAUUGGACUUUCUCUCGGUGUCAUUAUUGCGUUGGGCUCGCUAUUAUAUUUCCAGAUGAAAAUGGUCUUGAAGAAUGAGACCGGUAUUGAGGCUUGGAUUAACCAGAAAGCGGAAAUGCGCUUAGAAGAAAUGGGGCGUUCAGCUAGCGAUUGGGUUUACCCAUACGAUCUGGGUUGGAAGCUGAACGCUCAAAUGGUGUUAGCAUGGUGGAUCAAAGAGGGCAACGGCAUCGAUUGGCCAAUGCGAGGCGGUUGCGAUCAGUAUGCGCUCACAGUCGAACAGAAGCUGCAAAAAGACGAUAAACGCCUUCGGCGGCGGCCUUACGUGGUCAUUCAAAGGUACCAUGGGGGCUAUUUUCCCUGGUGUAGUCAUGGAUGCCGCACGUGCAUACGGACACCAAUUAACGAUGAGCCCAGGCUUAGACUUGAAAUUGGCCAAAAAAUUCUGGUGACGCGAUGGAAAAGGUUUAUUGAUGAGACCCAGGUAAGGAAAUUUGUUGGACGAAUCGCUUUUGUCCACGCUCUUGGAAAAGGAGCCGAUAUUGACGGUCGAACACACGUUGGAAACUGCACCCUUCUCAAGUGAACAUCGAAGAAUGAGAGACAGAAGUCCGCAGACUGCGCUUCCGCCUUUCCUAGAAACAGAGUCGAAUAUUGCGUCAAGCGUUUCCUUUUGCUUCUUUGCCAGCUUUCGUAAGUCGCUUUCGACACUGACUGGCGAGGUGUCAACGUAGUUAAUUAUAUACAAUUCAUUUGGAGCAUCGAUGAACGGUGAAGGUCUGGCUGCACGCUGACUAGUUUCUUCAGGCGAUGGGUUCGUGGCGGUGGAAACGUCACGAAGGAUACGGACUUUUUCAGCUUUAUUGGUCACCACCGUUUCAUCUAGUCUUCUAAUAGAAUCAACACUACGUCUAGUCUUGCACCACUAAACGUGCCUAUAAAUUGCCUGUGAAUAUCGGCUCUGAAUGAUGCAGUUUUCUUCAACGGUUCCCUUUUUGGUCAGCAUUUUCUGCAGCAUAUGCUGGAAAAUGGUUCUUGCUUUAUCAUUAUCUUUCGCUUUACAUUAAAGACUAAUGCGUUUCAUAUGAGCAUUAAUCUUUUCCUCACUAUUACAGCCUUUUGAUGGAAUGGGGAACUCUGUACUAAUGUGACGUAUUGAAUGAAGUGCGUGUAGAUCACGUCUACAUCACAACAAAUAAUGAAAAGGCGGUUUCAUUCCGUAAAUUGUAGGUGGUGGAUCAUGCUAUCAGCAAAACAGGUGACAGAUGUUGAGCAUCGAAGUCGUUUGAAAUCAUGAAUGUGACAAUUGCAUAGCGAGCGAAUAAAUUUUCGCAUUGCCUAUAAAGUCAUCAUUUGCAAGAGCAACGUCGAGGACAUUGCAACCUCUCGUCGGGUCAGAUACAAACUGCUGUAGUCUCGUUUCACUGCAGAAGUUUAGGUAUAUCAUUUUUUUGACAGGUCAUCGUUACUGGUAUUGCUGUUCUGAAACGUCGUUUUCGAUCUCUAACGAAAAGGACUGUAUAAUCAACUUGCGCAAAAGCUUUUUGGUCACUAAUGAAUUUUAUGCUUCUUUCUUCCAAAUCUUGUGCUGAGGUAAAAAAAAAAGGGAUUAAAGUGAUCUGACGCAGUUUCUACAGAGUACUAGGCCGACCGCCAUUUUCUCUGAGCAUGCAAUGUUA